ACUCUCCCAUCACCACUCGCCCCCUCUAUUAAGUUUCAAGCGUCUCUUCCUCGUGAACUGAACAACACACACCAAACAGGGGACUGGACGGAAAACAGAAAGUGGCUCUCCUGGUCCUCACCUCCAUCUCCUCCCAUUUUGUCAUUUCCUUACUUCAUCCAUCCCCCACUUCACUGUAGCUCCAUUCAUAUCUCUUUUUGUCUGAUCCCAAGUGCCCUAUUCUCUCCCCUGGUCUUCCUCAGGCCUGGCCAGUUAGGAUCAACAUGUGGUCCAACUUUUUCGUACAGCAAGAUGAGGACGGUCGUAUCGGGGUGGCUGGGGCCGGACAAGCUGGGGGUUUGGGUGGAAUGAAAGGUGGAAGGGGACCGAGGAGGAUCCACAAGAUGAGUGACAGCCAGGAGGGAAAGAUCAAACUGGCCUUCUUUGUGGCUAUCAUUGGCGUGACCCUGACGGUGUUGGGCAUGGGGACAGAGUUUUGGGUGGAGCUGGCACAACCAAAGAAUUUCAGCAGCAACCAAACCUGCCAGAUGGCCCAUUACGGCCUGUGGAAGGGCUGCAUCCGCACCCUAUGGGUGGCUGACAUCGACGCAGAGAGGACGAGCUGCGGCCCCGCUGAACUACCUGGAGAAUCCAACUGCACCUACUUCAAAUUCUUCACCUCUGGGGAGAACGCAGUCAUAUUCAAGAAAACAACUAACAAGAAGUUGAAUCUAGCAGCAGCUAUCUUGGCCCUCUUGAGUCUGACCAUGAUGGUAAUGGGCUCCAUCUGCAUCGCCAUGUCUCUCAGCAAAGGAGUGGCCUUCUUUCUUAAACCAGCCUCCUUUUGUUUCAUCCUAUCAGGUGUACUGGUCCUUCUCUCUAUCCUGAUAUUCCACCAGUCUGUGCUCGCCUUGCUGUCCAGUGAUCACUCCAUACCUUUACACCAUGAGCUGUCCUGGUCCGUGGCCUGCGUCGGCUCAGCUGGAGCUAUUCUCAUUUUCGGAGGUUUCCUCUUCAUCAUCCUCUCCCUUCCUUUCAGCCCCUGGCAAAAAUGCUUGCCACACAAGAACAGCGCCACCUAGCACACAAAUGAUAAUAAAAUGUGCAUUAAGUAUUCUUGAUGUCUUGUUUGAGAGCAAGAAGAAAUGUCCAUUACCUAACGGGUGUCACUUAUUCUUGGCAUUUAAUUUGCCACAGAAGUCAUACAAGGUCUUAAGCAAAUGUAUGAAUGGAAGUUAAAGUUAAGACUAAACAUUAGUGAGGCCUCCAGAAUUUGCAAAUAUUUGUUUCUGUGUUUUUGGUAGAAACUAGAUGAAAGGAGCAACAGGGUCACUGCGGACUGUUUUUUUUUUGGGGGGGGGGGUAUUUAACAAGUGUCACAAAUAGGCUUAUUAGCCUGUAGCUGUACAUCCACACAUAAACAUUUUUGCUAGCAUAAGGAGAGUUGCUAAAUAAAACUUUUUAACGCUCAGCCUCAGACCUUUAUAGUCUAAUACAUGAUACAAAAACAUGAAGCCAUAUCAACAUAUCCAUUGAAUUAAAUGACAAAAUGCAUCAAUUUGUCAAUUACUUCUACAAUAAUACUUGAUCUGACAUCUAUCUGUUGCUCAAAAGUGAUACGAAUCACAGCUUAAGGAUUUUUCUGAUUCAUGGUAAGAUGGCGCUGUGGUUAAAGUUUGGUUAGAUAAAAGCAAAAACACAACUUGGGUUGGGAGAGACAAAGCUUGUGGUUUGGAUCAGAAUUACUACUUUGUUAGAGUCGGGGAGCUUCAUCAUCAUGUUUACAAUAAUAAACAUGUGGUUAAGGCAUAUUGGAAUGAGAAGGUGGAGCUAACCCUUAUACUAGCUGCUUUUUUCGUUGCCACAAUGCUUUUGUAGCUAUUGUUGACUGUGAUAAUGCCAAUGCAAUUUUUUUUCAGGAAAAAAAGUUUUAAAAUCAUUAUGACAAAAAAUUACCAGAUAUUUAAAUUUCUGACCCCUUAAAGGGUCUUUUGGUAGCCUUCAAGCAAAUGCUGAACAAGACUUUUUUAGGCGACCAAAGUGUUGCAAUUAUCUUUCAUGAACUGAAACCUCAAUGAAAUAGCGACAACAUCCUCAACAUGUUAGCAACUGUCAAUGGAUGGCACCCACUCAAAGCAGCCAUGCCUUUAACUAUGCACACCUUAAGGCCUUAAUAACAUUUUACAAAAUUAGAUAAUGCAGUUGUCAUGAACAGGGGAAUUAGCAAUAGAAACCUUAACUGUUUUUUGUACCAAACUUUAAACAUGUUUAUUUCUGCUGUAAAGUUAACCAUUAAAACAUAAGUUUCUAUGGGGACAGACUCAUUUUGGAGCUGGCCUCAAGUGGCCACUAGAGGAAUUGCAGUUUUUAGCACUUCCACUUAAGUUAAGAUUAGGGUUUGAUUGUUGUCAUUUUCUUUUAAAAAGAAGGAAACAGACAGCUGUCUCCCAUGCCCAAUAUUUUGUUGACCUAACCAGCCUGACCUCCAUUCACGGACUUCAUUGCUAUACAAUAAAAACAACUGACUUCCCCUUGUCAUAAUUGCUCGAGGGCACUGUCAGUUGAAGCAUAUGUCAUUUUUAGGCUUUGAUGUUGAUUUCUUCGGAGAACAGUCUCAAAGUUAGCGAUAAUACAAACUUUUGAGAUGAUAAACCAUACCGAGUCAGACGUACUUAGUAACAGUAUCAUAAUUAUGACUUACCAUAAGUAUUUUUUAAAUUCUUUAACAUGCUUAACUUUUCAUGUAUUUUAUAGGAAGAAAUGGGCUUCUGUAGUUAAGAAUUUUAAAGCACAUCAAAAUGCAUCAUUAUCAAGGUAACAGCAAAUACAAUAUUUUUGAUAAUACUAACAGUCAGUCUGGAGGAGGACCUGAUUACUUUCACAGAAGUUUAUGUCAUAUCUGCUUCAUGUUGCCUUAUAAACAGUCGGUGAGUAUCCCUAAGUUUCUAGCAAUACGUUCUAUGAAGUUCGAAGUAUGAAGAGGCUUUAUGUCAUUAUUUAUUACUUAUGUGUGUUUUACAACUAUUGGGAGAAUGCUGCUUCAGUUUGAAUGUAUGGUGAAUAAACUGUGAGAAGUGAUUUAAAUAUCAUUUUGUAUAUCAGAGAAUUGUAUGGACUCAAUUUAUAAGCUCAACUUUGUACAUAAACAGAAUGAAUGUGUUUAUAAUGUAUGAAUGUAACUGUUUGUAGUGUUGUGUCCAGUCACUUUAAUUACAAUAUGUAAGCAGUAGAUACAUUUUUUUUGUCCCAGGAUGCUCAUCUUGUUUCUCUAUCAGGAAAUGCCAUUUUACAAAAAUAUAUGCUCAUUUCUACUCAAUGUGUGUACAGUAUGUGGCACCAGUUUUGCUUUUCAUUAAAGGGAUUUGACAUAACAUAA